GAGAAAGAAGAACAAGCAGAGGACGUCAGACAGUCCUCCAGAUGGUGGAGAUGACUUCGACUUGGAGGAGUCCUACGAACGUGCGGAGUCAGAAGCCCUGACACAUGACCCGGUGAUUGAACCAUCACCGGCACCAUCCAGGACAGGCAAAGCUCCUCAUGCUGGUCCUCCCGGCCCUUCAAAGCCUGGUCAAGGACCAAAGAAGCCUACAGGACCUGGUCUACCUCCUGACCUUCGAGAACCAGUUCAUGCGCCGGUAACCGGCAAGGCUGGCCCUCGACUACCACGACCAGCUGUCCUCCCCCGACAAGUCGAUUCAGCGCUACCCGAUCUACAUGGCACCAACAUGAGCUUCACAGGUGGGCAAAAGAAGAAGGACGAUGACUCCGACAAGACUGGAGCUUCGUGGAAUAGCAGAAAAGGUCCUGAGCCUGGGAUCAAGUGGAAGACCGGUCAGUAUCCACCGGUCCCAUUGUGGAAGUAUGAUGCCAGUGACUUGAGGGCCUUCGCCAAGUACAAGAAGAAGAUUGAGAUCUGGCAAUUGCAGAUGCGGCCAUUUGCCUCGGGAAAAGAUCAGGCGCUCCUGCUCUACAAUAGUCUGAGCGGUGAACCUGAACAAGAACUUGAACACCUCAGCGUGGACGAGCUCUACGUCGAGAAUGGCGUGGCCAAGAUCCUCGAGCUUUUGCAAAAGCCAUUUGAACAAAGACAGAUCUACCAGAAGCGUCGCUUCCUCCAGGACUUCGAAAACACGCGCCGCUUCCAUGGCGAGUCGAUGCGGGCCUAUGUCCUUCGAUUCCGGAGGGUGAUGAGGUCCCUGCGGGCCGUCGGCAUCGAGAUCACGGCAACCUUUGACGAGGAGGCCCUCGGCUCCCGCUUGUUGGACAGGAGCGGGUUGAGCCACUCCGACCAGCGGAUGGUCCUGAUAGGUACCCAACAGAGUUUGGCCUUCGAGACCAUUGCAGAGACCCUUGCAUUGCAGUGGCCUGAGUUCCGUCCACCUCCACCGAUCUUCACGAAGGAAGACCUGGCCAAUGUCCUGACAGUGACGGCUCGCAAGUUGAGCGGUGUGACAUUGGGCCGCAAGUUUACCACCGGCGGCAAGAAGGUCAAGAAGACUCCUGAGGAGCUCCGCAAAGUCACGCAUUGUUCAGCGUGUGGAGCCCUGGGACACUGGGCUGCCGAUAGUGAGUGCCCAAUGAACAAGGGCGGCAAGGGAUCCAAGGGAACUGCCAAAGGCUCUUCGAGUUCCUACCGCUCCUCGACCUUUCAGCCAGCCAAAAAGGGUGACAAGCCGCACCACGUCAGCGUAGUCCAACACCAUGAACAUGGAAGCCUGCAAAUCACCGAUGAGCCCGAAUCCACCUAUGGGAUGAGCUUUACUACCUAUAUGGUCUCGGUCCCCUUCACCAUCCAUGAGAUCAGGAACAACACCACCGGGGAAAGCCUCGCAGGAUUCAUGGUUUUGGACUCCGCCUGUCAGCGAACUUGUUGCGGUGAGAUUUGGUUUGAGCGCCACAAGAAGUUUUUAGAGCACCACUUCAUGGCUUGCCACACGAUCCCCACCAAAGACAUGUACCAGUUCGGAAAGGGAAGCCCUACGGUCGCCACCACUCGUGUGUACAUGCCCACGGUUUUUGACUGCAACCCCUGUUUGUUGGGAGCUGGACUUCUACCAGAGGACAUUCCACUUCUCGGGAGCAACAGCCUCAUGGACAAACUUGGAACCAUCAUCGAUCUCCCGAAUCGGUCCGUUCGUUUUACCAGCCUGGGUUGCACUUCGACGCCAGCGCCAUGGCUGAUCCACUGGAGACGAAUGGUGCAUCGCCUGAACAAGUUCAAGAAGAACGUGUGGAUCAUGAUGGCCGCGGCAGUGCGCAUGCACAUCAUGCCCAGAGCAUGGUUGGCAGAAGCAGUUCCACCAACAACGGACGUGCCCCCUCAUCCAGACAAAUGCGACCACAAGGACAUCAAGAGGUACGGCAACAUGCACGGUCGCUUCGGCAAGUGCCGCAAGUGCAUGCGGACAUGGAAGUGGAACGAAAGCAAAGAGGAAUGGGUCGUAUGGGCUGGAUCGGCAGGCUACUCUGCACGGUCGUCGCCAUUGCCACUACCGCCCUCCAGCAAGGAGAAGGACACCAAGGUUCCGAAGGGCAUGAAGGCAAAGGCAAAGCCCAAGAUGAAGAGGAGAACUACCACGAAGCCAACCACUUCUUCCACAGCGGCUUCGAGCGCCAGCACGGAGACUCGUUACUGGACCAAUUUCCGGGAGGAGUUCGACCUCAAGAUGGACCACUUGACCCCGGAGCAGGACUACGAGGUCUUCCAGAUUUGCGAGCAGGGUUCACCGCUGGAUCGGGAACCUCACAGCUGGGCGCAUCACGCUUUCCUGUACGAGGAGGGCUUCCGGCAGGACAGGGAGAAGUUGGAGCGGGACGCCAACAUCAUCCGCGUCCGGAGAAUGGUGAACCUCGGGGUGAUCCCGGAGGAGGCUUUGUGGCAGAUCGAGGACUGGGAAGAGGAGGACAGUCUCGAUUGGGGACUUCCUGGCACAGCCAAGCGGCUCAAGGGCGAUAUGAAGAGGGCCAUUCAGGUCUACACCGUCGAGAACUCCACUUACCAGACCCAUCAUGCUGUUCACCGACCACCUCCUUGUGUUGACCUAUGGGAACUCUUUGCAGGUGAAGCCAGAAUGACAGAAUUGGCUCACCAAUACGACCUGAAUGCACUCCAACCACAGGACCUUCGUUACGGGCAGGAUUUCAAAGAUGCCUCCACGAGGGCCUACAUCAUGGAAAAGGUCAAGAAGUUCAAGCCGUGGUUGAUUCCUAUGGGUGUUGACUGCCGCCUUUGGAACCAGUUCUCCAUCAACCUCAACGGGUCCACUCCUGAACGGCAAGUUCAACUUAAAGAACUCCAACGGCAAGAACGGCCCCUCGCGCACUUCGCAACGGACGUCGCCUUGGAGCAGUACAAGAACGGCCGUUACUUCUUGAUCGAGAACCCCCUCCGAUCCACACUAUGGCAAGAACAGGCACUACAAGAACUUCUUGCGCUACCAGGAGUCUGGUCGACUACACUGGAUGCAGGUGCCUAUGGAGCGGAGGUUGAUGGCCAGCCCCUUUGCAAACCUAUGAGAUGGAUAGGCAACGCUCCUGGUAUGGAUCUUGCCCUUCAUCGCAGGCUGGACGAUCUGGAGAAGCAGUACUGCAUCCCCAUUCAGGGCACGAUCACCAGAAAGAGCCAAGUCUACCCGGACAACCUAUGCCGGCAGAUUUUGCAAGAGUUGCGAGCAAUAGUUUUUCAGCAUGAGCCCACUCGUUUUGGACGACCACUUCACCAUGUCCUUGCUAUCUCCUACCCCACAGCGGACUUGGAUGCUUGGAAUGACAUCUCCAACUAUAUUUCUGGAGCCUAUGAGCGUUCCAACAAGAGACCGUUUGACAUCCCUCUGGACACCGAGAUGGGCAAGAGCAUUCAGCAGCUCUUCAGGAUCAAGGCCAUAAAGAUACAAGCAUGUUUUGCCCCAACUUGCCGGAGGAUUCCGGCCAAUGUUGAUGAGUACUUCACACGUGCCGCAUUCCUGCAGUGUGCGGACAAGACACGGGCAGUGGAGGUCGAAGACCUCGACGAAAUUCAAUUCCCAAGACAGCGCUUCAGCAAGGCAGUAGAGAUUGCAGUGUUCGCCUACGGCUUCAGGUUAGAGGCCCCUGAACAUCGAGAACAAGCCCAACCAGGUGAAGACAAACCUGCCAUCGUUCCAGGGCUCAUGACUGAUGUUUCUUUCGACACCAAAGAAACCCUGGACCCAGUGAUCAAGCGCUCAGUGGCACGGUUGCACAUCAACUUAGGACACCCUUCACCUCAAGAACUUCUUCGUCUAUUAGCCUCACAGGGUUCAGUACCAUCAUUGGUUAUCAAAGCAGUGCAAGGACUAGUUUGCUCCACAUGCCGUCGGUUGAAGCCACCACAAGAACCACGACCAGCGUCUAUGCCUUCUAUGGUCGCUGGCCAAUUUGGCGAUGAGCUUCAAGCGGACAUCUUCUAUAUCCGCCUUUUGACCGGCCAGUCCUAUCCGAUCCUUGGAGUCAUUGACAGAGCAACCGGCUUGCACAUGGCCGGACUGAUGCCCGACAGAAAUGCUGACACCGCCUUCCGUGUUCUGGAAGAGAUCUGGUUGAGGCCUUUUGGGGUCCCACUCUUGUUGAGGUGUGAUCCAGACCACACCUUCAGAGGCAACUUUGAGAAUAGACUCCAAAGCAUGGGAUGCAUGGUUGAGCAUUGCGCCCCAGAAGCACACUUCCAGAUCGGCAUGGUGGAGAGGCGCAACGCCAUCCUGAGACUGACAAUCGAGAAGCUAGUUGACCAAUUUGCCACGGUCGAGCCCGAGGACAUCCCACGAAUCCUCAUUGGAGCUUGCCACGCAAGCAACAACAUGGUCUAUUCCAGAGGCCGCUCAGCAUAUCAAGCAGUGUUUGGGAGGCAGCCUCGCCUUCCCAAUGACGUCCUCUCUGACGACCAUGUCCUCUCGAGCUCCACCCAGGCCUUCGACGAGAACUACAACCCCAAGCUUCGCGCAGAGCUCGUGAGAAGUGAAGCCCAGAAAUGUUUGCUCGACUUGAAUGCGAGUCAACAGCUGCGGAGGGCAUUGUUGAGGAAGACGCGGAACACCGCCAUACCAGAUCUUCAACCGGGUCAGCGCUGCGCAGUUUGGCGCUGGUCCAAGAAAGGUGUUCGCAAAAGAGGAGCAUGGUUGACCGCAAGAUUCCUGUCAUGGGAUCCAGGCCAUGCUGGCAAGCAAGCAUGGGUGAGGCUGGGAGCUUCGACGACGUUGGUGACUGCAGAACAGCUCCGUACAGCUCAUGGAUUCGAAGACUGGACACCUGACCAGUCAGACAUAAAGGCAUUGAAGAAUGCGGCUGAAUCCUUCACCCAGCACAUACUCGAAGAUGAGAGAGGCGAACCUCCACCAGACGGACCGCCAGAAGAGUUGGCAGAUGCACCACUGGAGUACGAUGCUGCUCCACCGCCUCCAACGCCAUCAAUGAUGGUUCCAGCGACACCGGCCCCAGCAACCGCAGCACCUGAAACACCGCCACCAGUGGCUCACCAGCACGCAACGGCUAUCCACGUCAACGUCGAUAGCCCUACCAACAUCCAUCACCAGCACACCACGGUGCAGAUGCAGAGGUUUGGAGACCUUCCCAAGUCUCUGAGCAGAUCCCGACGACACCAUGGACCCUACACCAAGAGUCCACCACUUCCAUCGCAGGCCGCUUCAUCCCUCAAGGGGAUUAGAACGCAGCCGGAUGAAGUUGCACAACAAGCCUCACAGGCAGCACUGGCUGAUACAUCAGCACUUGCACCGGCAGCCGAAUCUUCGGCACCACCUUUGGCAGACAAUGCCACGGCCACACUGGGCCAUACAUCACCGCAGGGCACACAGUUUCACCAACAAGCCAUUUUGGCAGAGGACCCGCCUGCCAUCCCUACUACACCAUUCUCAUCCGAGAAUGAGGGACAUAAUGCUCUACACCACCAACAGGAACAUGACACAGUGGUAGCAGCAUCGGCAGCUGCAGAAGCACAUGGCAGACACUCACAGGGUCCACAACAUUCGGCAGAACCUCCUGGCAUACCUGUUGAACUACCACCGGACACAGAGCAAGAAGCAGCGCAGCAGGAACCCCUGCCGACAUUACCACAGAAACGACCGUUUGACAGCUUGCACACACUCUUGCGCGAGGCAGACGGCACCAUUACCACCAUGAACCCAACAUGGGGAGGCACACCACCACAAGGGUUCGGCAGAGCAAGCAACAGGUUCCACAAGAUCUACCUCACUACACAGCAGAGACAACAAGACGUCAACGGAACAAGCAAGCCAGCAGAAGAAGCAGACACCAGCGCAGACUCUGACGAGUCAAUAAGCACACCAGCAGACAAACCCAGCAGGAACAUGACACGACAAGAAGCCAAACAACUGGACAGGGAAAUCCCCUGGAGGCAGAUAGCAUCCAUGCCAAGGCCUUAUGUGGAGAAGUUCCUCGACUCCAUCAUCAAGGAAGCCAACAGCUGGUCCGAGUGGAGAAGUGUGAAGCCGCUGACUCGAGAAGAAGCCCAGAGAGUCCUCCGUGACAAGAUCCUCUCCAAAAGGAUCCUCAGAUCCAGGGCAUGCUACCGUGACAAGAACGUCGGUCAAGGCGAGUUGAAAGCAAAGUGCCGCAUCGUGUGCCUAGGCCACCUAGACCCAGAUCUAGAGCUUCUAGAUCGGUCAGCUCCCACACCAGGCAGAACGACUGAGAUGCUGAUGCUGGCAAUGAUCACGGCCGGAGCGAACUGCGAGCUGUUUGACACACAGCUCAAAUGGCACUCCUGGACGGCAGACGCCGCCACGGCUUUCCUGCAGGGACAGCAGCCCUCAGAGCGCCCCAUGGAGUUGUACAUGUACCCUCCAAAGGACGGCUUGAUCGACAUGACACCAUGCUGGUCACACCCUCUAUACAAGGUGAUGGGCAACAUUUAUGGCCUGGCAAAUGCACCGGCUUUGUGGUGCAAUGAAGUAGUGGCAAGACUGACUAGACUCCACUACACUCGCCACACUUUCGACCAAAUGCUGUUCAUCAAGCGUGAAGGUCAGCAGAUCGUGUCAAUGAUUUUGGUUUACGUUGAUGAUUUUUUGGGUGUUUUCAGGAGCGACUACAACAUCCAGGAAGUCAAAGAUGCCUUUGCCUGGGGCUCCCUCCACGACCUUGCAAACAAAGUGGUCACAUUUAAGGGCAAAGAGUUACACCUCCACCAACUGGAGAAUAAGCGCUGGAAGCUGAAGAUCACCAUGGCCAAGUUCAUCAAUGGCUUGGACUCCGCUAAGCUCCCGAGAGGAAGGACUUCCAGUCCGCCAGAAUUGACGCCUCUGGAGCACCGUGAGUUCAGAUCGGUGUCAGGCUGUUUGCAGUGGGCGUCCACACAAUGCAGGCCAGAAAUUGGAGCUGUGGUCAGCCUGUCCAACCAAGGCAAAGAGACCACGUGCCAUAACCUCAAGGACCUCUAUGACGCCAUGAGCUACCUGAAGAGCUCCCCACAUGAAGGGCUCUUGAUGCAGGACAUCCCAAUGAACCAGAAGACCGUCAUCGUCACGUUCAGUGACGCCUCAUGGUGCAACGCCGCUCGAAGCGGCUCACAGAUCGGCAUCCUCAUCGGCAUUUGCCCUCCUGAGGUUCGAAGCCAGCCCACGGCUUUCUCGCCUUUGGACUGGAGGUCUUGCAGGGCGACCAGGGUCUGCAGAUCCACAUUAGCGGCCGAAGCCUCAGCAGCAGACGAGGCCUCAGACCGAGCGGCCUACUUGAACAUGGCCCUGUCCGAGAUCCUCUUCAAUGGCCCGGCUCACCGCCUUGGCUCCAUGGUCGACUAUGUCCAGACCACGGACGCGAAAUCGCUCUACGACGCAGUGGUGAGCGAGGCACCGAACCUCACGGACAAAAGGUCCCUUUGCAACGUGAGAGCAAUUCAGGAGACAGUUGACAAGUCUCAUAUGCACUGGCUCCCUUCGAAUUGCCAGUUUGCUGACGGGCUCACUAAAGUGAGCGAGACCUUGAGGUCCACGUUUCGGAGGUGGCUGAACGACCCAUUUGCCAUCCUCCUCGAGCACCCUCGCAACGAGAAGUUGCUGGCGGCCAUUGCGGGUUGUGCCAAAGAAGAAAAUACCAGUGAGAAAUUCACGCA